AUUUCAAAACAAAAUAUUAAUUCAAAAUAUAAAUAUUUAUUAAAAUUGCAAGCAAAAAAGCACCUUAACUAAGAAAUAUAUGCUUGAAUACCAAACAGAGCAAAUGAUUACGUUAAAAGAAUAUCUAUAUUAAAUUACUACAAAGAAUCAUGAGGAAAGUAUGGAUAUCUAGAGAUCAGUUGAUUCCAAAGCCAUUUUACAAGCGGAAGCUCUUUUUCUUCUUCACAAUCGUCUUAAUUUUUGCAAUAAUUUUUAUAAUUUAUCAAUUCAUAUUUAUCAAUCAACUGGCGACUAGUAAUAGGAUUGAAUUACUUGAAGUGUCCAAGCAUGAUGGAUAUAGAAGUCACAAAUUGGUGGAUGUUAAACCAUUACAGCCAGCAGCUUUAGAUCAUAAGAAAAUAACAUUAGGCAUUAGAAUACGAGAUUUAGAGCAUUAUCAGCCUCGCUAUGCUAAUCAAUUGUUUAAGUGCUUGAAAAGUUCAGACGAAGAAAUAUCAUUUAGCAAAGUAAAUGACGAUUACUGUGAUUGUUCAGAUGGAACUGAUGAAACGUCGACGAAUGCCUGUAAUAAUGGAAGAUUUUACUGUACAAAGCAAUUGAGGCACAAGACAGGAAGAGGACAAGACAUUUUUAUUCCAACAUCAAGGAUUAACGACAAGAUUUGUGAUUGUGCAGACUGUUCAGAUGAAUUUAAUACCUAAGACUAUACCUUUUUUAUUAUUAACUAAUGGAUAUAAACGUGUAGAUGAUAUUCUCACUCUCAGCAACAUUUCUCCCCAUCAUGUAAAGUGCAUUAAAUCCACUAUUUUACUACCUUAGUUUGCAGAUUUAUUAAAUGAGAAUAAGAUGAUGAUGAUGAUGAUUAUCAAUAAAGUCAAUUUCUAAUUUAUGUACAA